AGCAAUGGAUCUAAAUGCGCGAAUUUUGGACAACCCCUCUUUAAAUGUUUUCCAUUUGUAAAUUACUAAAAUCAACAUUGUGAUAUUAAAAUUUUUGCCUUUAAAUAAUUUCAAGAAUCUGCCAUUAGAAGGUGAUGUAAAAUAGGUCUGGGAUAUCCUGUAUAUAUUUACUAUCUUCAUUUUAUUAAAUUUUAUUAUAUGAAUUAUUUUAGCACUUGAGUAUUUUGAUAGUGUUUGCUUGUUGUUGGCCUUAUCUCUACAUAUUACAUAUUACUAAUCAUAUUAAUGUUUACUUAAUCUGUAUAAAAUUUUACUUAUCAAUAUAGGAUGACAAAUUUGCAAAUGAAAUCUCGGUAUUCUUAAAAUAGGUCUGAGAUAUCCUGUAUAUUCUUGCUAUCUUCAUUAUUAAAUUUUAUUAUAUUAAUGAAUUAUUUUAGCAUUUGAUAGUAUUUUGAUAGUAUUUGCUCGUUGUUGGCCUUAUCUCUACAUGUUGUAUUAUAUAUUACGAAUCGUAUUAAUAUUUACUUAAUUUGUAUAAAGUUUCACUUAUCAAUUUAGGAUGACAAAUUUGCAAAGAAAUCUCUAUUCAUAUAACUGCUUCGUGCUGUUGCAGCCGGAUAUUGUUUCCAAGCUCGUCAAGAUUCCCGGUAUAAUCGUUUCCGCGUCCGGCAUCAGAUCGAAAGCGACGAAAAUCGCGAUACAGUGCCGUUCUUGCAAGGUCACCCAAGUUAACAUUCCCAUCAAGCCCGGUCUGGAAGGAUACGCGCUACCUCGAAAAUGCACCACGGAGCAAGUUGGACGGGGAGCAAAGUGUCCCCUGGACCCUUUCUUCAUAAUGCCGGACAAGUGCCACUGCGUAGACUUUCAGGUGUUGAAGCUUCAGGAACUGCCGGAUCACAUACCGCAGGGCGAAAUGCCCAGGCAUCUGCAGGUGUAUUGCGAUCGGUAUUUGUGCGACAGAGUCGUGCCUGGCAAUAGAGUCCUGAUUCUCGGGAUAUAUUCCAUUAAGAAGGUAGCUAAGACGGGUGGCAAGAGCGCGGGCAAGGAGAAGGCGUUGGUGGGCGUUCGAGCUCCGUAUAUUCGCGUUCUCGGUAUCUCUGUGGACGGAGAAAAUACCAACAUAGGAACCCAACCGCCCGUUACGUCCGAGGAGGAGGAUCUUUUCACCCGUUUAGCGGCAGAUCCUAAUCUAUACGAGAGAAUCGCGAAGAGCAUAGCCCCCAGUAUUUUCGGCGCGAUAGACAUCAAGAAAGCUAUCGCGUGUCUACUGUUUGGCGGCUCGAGAAAACUAAUGCCGGACGGCUUGUGCAGGAGAGGCGAUAUUAAUAUCUUAAUGCUGGGCGAUCCGGGUACCGCCAAGUCGCAGCUGUUGAAAUUCGCAGAGAAAGUCGCUCCUAUAGCUGUUUACACGUCGGGAAAAGGUAGCUCCGCAGCCGGUCUGACAGCGUCUGUAUCGAGGGAUCCAGUAACUAGGAACUUCGUCAUGGAAGGUGGCGCGAUGGUUCUCGCGGACGGCGGAGUUGUUUGCAUAGACGAGUUCGACAAAAUGAAGGAGGACGACAGAGUGGCGAUACACGAGGCCAUGGAGCAGCAAACGAUCUCGAUAGCGAAGGCGGGAAUAACGACAACCCUGAACACCCGAUGUUCCGUGCUAGCGGCGGCGAAUUCGGUCUUCGGCCGGUGGGACGAUAUAAAGGGGGAGGAGAACAUAGAUUUUAUGCCGACGAUAUUGUCGCGUUUCGAUAUGAUAUUUAUUGUUAAAGAUGAGCAUGAACACAACAGGGAUGUAACUCUGGCUAAACACGUUAUGAACAUUCACUGUAACGCUGGUCAGAUCACGGAACAAUCGGUGGAGGGAGAGAUUCCUGUGCACAUUCUCAGAAAGUACAUAAAUUAUUGCAGAACACGUUGUGGCCCAAGACUCAGUGCAGAAGCGGGGGAGAAAUUAAAAAAUCGUUACGUAAUGAUGCGAGCUGGUACACGAGAACAUGAGAAAGAUUCUGAAAAGAGAUUAUCAAUACCUAUAACAGUCCGGCAGCUCGAAGCUAUUAUACGAAUCUCCGAAGCCCUGGCGAAAAUGCAGAUACAACCCUUCGCUACUGAACUCCACGUUAACGAAGCAUUAAGGCUCUUCCAAGUAUCUACAUUAGAAGCUGCGAUGUCUGGCUCAUUAGCAGGAGCAGAAGGAUUUACCUCGGAAGAGGAUCAUGAAAUGCUGUCCCGCAUUGAAAAGCAGUUGAAGAAUAGAUUUCCUAUUGGGCAUCAAGUAUCUGAACAAAACAUCGUGAAAGACUUCCUCAAGCAAUCAUUUCCAGAACGUGCCAUUUACAAAGUUAUACAUACGAUGAUACGUCGCGGUGAGCUUCAGCAUCGUUUGCAACGUAAAAUGUUGUACAGGCUGCAUUGAAGAGUAACUUCUCCGAUGUGUAAUUU